AAGUUUUCAGAAUGGCUUCCUUGGUUGACAUGCCCCUGAAUUAUGAAAAGAUGUUUGCUCAUCGAUUCACAUCGGAUGAUAAAGAGUACCAAGAAUAUCUGAAACGCCCCGCAGAUCCCCCUCCUAUAGUUGAAGAAUGGAGAAACAGAUCUGGUGGCAACCAGAGAAACAGAGAUCGGUUUCAAGAUGGCAGAUAUUUUAGAGGGGACAGGUACAACUGGCAAGGUGACUAUAGAUCUAAUCAGAGGCCAGAAAGAAGCUGGGGCAAUAACUACCAGCAGCACAGACAAGGACAAUCGUACUCCUCCCACUAUGGACAAUAUGGCUACAACUCCUACAACCCAGGGCCUCGUUACCAUCCCUACUGAUGAUACCUGUGGUUUGAAGUCCAGUAAUGCUAUGUAACAAAUUCAGUUAGGCUUCAGUUUCCUUAUUUUUCCCACAGUUUUAUAGAUAACUGAAGAAUCAGUGUUACAGUCCAUUGCUGCUUCUCUGUAGUGUGAAUUGAAAAAGGGGAAUAUCUUUUAUGAAUAAUAAAAGCGUGUUAUACAGAGUUUGUUUAGAGUCUGUAGCUCUUAGAUUAAAUUUCUAUCUCGUUCUUUUGUCUGAAUACAUACUAGUACACUUUUCGUCCAUCACUGAUACUUCCCUCUGUUACACAUUAGAAAACACAACAGGUUGGGGAAAAUAGCUGUGGUUUGUGUGCAGCGGUGGCACAUUGCUUUAAGAUAGUUCUUUUUGAAAGUGACAUACUGUGUCUUUCUCUGGAGAGAAUUUAUUAGUUUGGCUUUUGAUAGUGAGAAAAACUCAGUUUGGUUUGAAUUUCAGAUGCCUUAAAACUGAGAAGAGAGAUACUAUUACAGCAAU